GACUACUUUUUUGACAGGGAUCCAACGGCUUUUGGCUCAAUUCUCAACUUUCUCAGGACCGGAGAGCUCCACAUACCAACCAACAUGUGCGGCCCUGCCUUGCAGGUUAGUACCAGCGUUAUAGAUGUGUUGUGCUACACUGCAGGCAAGUACCUGCCUUACAGGUUAGUACCAUCGUUACAGAUGUGUUGUGCUACACUGCAGGCAAGUACCUGCCUUACAGGUUAGUACCCGCGUUACAGAUGUGUUGUGCUAUACUGCAGGCAAGUACCUGCCUUACAGGUUAGUACCAGCGUUACAGGUGUGUUGUGCUACACUGCAGGCAAGUACCUGCCUUACAGGUUAGUACAAGCGUUACAGAUUUGUUGUGCCACCACUGCAGACAAAUACCUGCCUUACAGGUUAGUACAAGCGUUACAGAUUUGUUGUGCCACCACUGCAGGCAAGUACCUGCCUUACAGGUUAGUACAAGCGUUACAGAUUUGUUGUGCCACCACUGCAGGCAAAUACCUGCCUUACAGGUUAGUACAAGCGUUACAGAUUUGUUGUGCCACCACUGCAGGCAAGUACCUGCCUUACAGGUUAGUACCAGCGUUACAGAUUUGUUGUGCCACCACUGCAGGCAAGUACCUGCCUUACAGGUUAGUACAAGCGUUACAGAUGUGUUGUGCCACCACUGCAGGCAAGUACCUGCCUUACAGGUUAGUACAAGCGUUACAGAUGUGUUGUGCCACCACUGCAGGCAAGUACCUGCCUUACAGGUUAGUACAAGCGUUACAGAUUUGUUGUGCCACCACUGCAGGCAAGUACCUGCCUUACAGGUUAGUACAAGCGUUACAGAUUUGUUGUGCCACCACUGCAGGCAAGUACCUGCCUUACAGGUUAGUACAAGCGUUACAGAUGUGUUGUGCCACCACUGCAGGCAAGUACCUGCCUUACAGGUUAGUACAAGCGUUACAGAUGUGUUGUGCCACCACUGCAGGCAAGUACCUGCCUUACAGGUUAGUACCAGCGUUACAGGUGUGUUGUGCUACACUGCAGGCAAAUACCUGCCUUACAGGUUAGUACCAGCGUUACAGGUGUGUUGUGCUACACUGCAGGCAAGUACCUGCCUUACUGCUUAGUUCCAGUCUCACGCGUUAAUACCUGCCUUACGUGUUAGAAACAGCUUUACAGGUUAGCACCAGAGACGGGGGCAAAAAAGGUGGGUAGGGGAUGCUAGUUGUUAAUGUGUCUUUACCGCCCCUCUACCAUGAUCGAAAAUGCCGCCCCCCCCCGGAUACGAAGGGAAAAAAAGGGUGGCACCCUGGGUAGGAUUGGUUGGGAGAAGUACACGUAUUUUGGUAAAUUACCAUAUUACCAUUGGGUCAAUUGGAAAGCUACAAUUCAUUGUUGAUAAUUUCCUAAUUCAGUUUCCGUGAACCGCUUGUAGUGCAUAGCGUAUCCGGAAAUUUGCUUGAAAGAAAUUUCGCCGACGGAUGAUUGAUCGACGGACAUUUGGUCAAAAGGAAUUUGAUCGAAUUUUUUUUUUUUUUCAUUUCACACCAUCUAAUUUGCGUCAAAUUUCUUUUUGAAAGCACUAUAUAUAUAAGAAUGAGCUAUAGCGACAUAACGCCAAAGAACCGAUAAGAUUUAAGUACGUUCGGAUUCCUAAAAACAAUUUUAAUUAUUUGCUAUCAUUUUACGGAAAUCGAAUAAAUUUAAAUGCGCAAAAUAUAUUUUAAAUCCGCUUUUAUAUUAUUUAAAGUUUGAGUAUUAUUAUUAUCAAUCAAAAAUAAAUUUAAUAACAAUUAAGGAUAUAUUUUAAGCAGUUUAUCCGAAUUUAAAAGUUAUGAAACAAAAAUUAAUAAUAAAAUUAUGAUCUAAGAAUUACAUCGUAAUCUUAAUUAUCGGGAAAACCCCAAAAAUCAGUUGUUUUUAAUGCGUUUUUAGUGCAAUGUUAAUAUUACGAUAUAAUAUUAAAAUUAUUUUUUUCUUAAUAAACACCCAAAUGACGUCAUCGCGAGAGACCCAAUGUUAGCCAAAACUCUUUAGUUUCUUUGAUUUAAGAAAAGCGCGUUACAAAACUGAUCAAGUAGUUCACCCAUCUUAAAAAGUAAAACUAAUAAAUUUAAUUGAUUUCUCUUUAAAUUCUUAAUAAAACACACAACAAUUUUAGCUUUUUAUUUUUAACAUUUAAUAAGUUUUACCGUUUUUUUCAUUCCAAAAAUAUACUUUUAUUAAAUUUAUAACGUAAUGGGAGUCGCUUAGUCAAUUUAUUUGUCACGUGAUAUGAGUAAAAACGAGUAAGAUUUCCGGUAUACUGUAUACAACACACUAGUGCUUGACAACAGUAGCCCGAUACACACUACAACUACACUACAUUUCGUCCAAUGAAAAUUAACAAUAAAAUAAACAAAGGGGAAUGACUCCUGCAUCAAUAUUGAAUAACAACGCAAAUGACGUCAUGAGCACGCACGGAGCUCAACAACAUCCUGCCGAUAAUAGUAUUGAUAGUUCCCAUCGAAUAUCGCUCACAAAUUUUUCUUGAAAUAACUUUCUUCCUUUAAUUAUAACUGAUGUAUAUUUAUUGUCACAUUUAUGUAUUCCAUUUAAAAAACGCGUGUAUUCCAGAAUAUUACGAAAGGUAAAAUUUUUAAGUAACAUGACAUUGGGGAAGCACUGAUGAAGUAUCUUUUGUUGUGUGUUGCAGCCUAGUGAUGACUUACUCAUAUCACGUGACCAAACAAGGAAGUGACUAAGCGACUCCCAUUAAAGACGUAACCUUUAAAUAUACUUCUAAUAAGAGAAUGCCGUUCAAUUCAAGCAGUGCACUGCAACUCUAUAGCCAAAUAACAUUCACUAAUCCACUUAUAACUCAUACAAAUAAUAACGAACCAUAUGAAAUGCAAAAUAUGUUAGUUUGGGUAUGGAAGGGACUACAAUCCAGUGGAUGAUUUUCUAAAUUUAUUUAAAUCUGGGUGGGGUGGUCACUUUGCCCCAGGCAGCACAAGAUACGUCUCAAAAUAAAGGAAUGAAUUUGAUAAAUAAUUAAUUUUUUUGAGUCAACAUAUGUCGGAUGUAGGAAAUAAGAUGUGUACAUUUUUACGUGGAUGACAAUAUUUGUGAAAAAAGAGAUAUUACAUUCUCUUUUUACAAAUAUGGGUAUUUUCAUUUUGCCCAAGGCAAUACAAGAUACGUCUCAAAAUAAAGGAAUGAAUUUGAUCAAUAAUUAAUCUUCUUGGGUUCAUACAUUUUGGAGGUAGGAAAAAGGAUGUGUACAUUAUUACGCGGAUGACAAUAUAUUUAAAUCCUAUGGUAUUACAUUUGUGAAAAAAGAGAUGUUACAUUAUCUUUUUAAAAUAUACGUAUGUUUACCAAUUAAGAAAAUCAAUGGCUUUAACAAAUUGUUGGUACAUUUAUAUAAGUAUAGCUUGAAUAUCAAAACCCAAAUGAAAAUAUGUUUUUCUUUUUACUUUGCUAAAAGUAAAGAGCUGUGUAUUUUUAUGAGAUUAACGAUUUAAAAUUUAAAAAAAAAGACACUCAAGUCUGUUAUAGGCGUGAAAAACGGAUGCGAGAUUCUUCUUGAGAUAAAAGAAUACCUCUAGUGUUGGCAGCAUGCUAGAAACACUAGGCUGGUCACCAUUGGAGAAACGACGACGACAAUCCAGGCUCUCCAUGAUGUACAAGAUAAAUAAUGGGCUGGUCCACUGUUCCUGUAUUAAACAGAAACUCGUCCCUCUACCCAUAGACAGCGACGAGGCCAUGACAGGCAAUUCAGGCUCAUACCAGUAAGAAGCCAGUAUAGGAGCUGCUCAUUCCUGCCCAAGACAAUCAGGGACUGGAACAAUCUUUCAAAAGGAACGGUUGAGGCGACAACACUAGACUUAUUUGUGUCUAUUGCCUCAAGCCUUCAAACCCUUAGUGCAUGCUUUCCUCAUCAACACCAGUAACAGAAACAUUGCAAAUCCCAUCUACAUGCAUAGGAGCCAAAAUGAUCAAUAAAUUGAUCGUGGGCCCUUAAGAUAUAGAAGAAGAAGAAAAAAAAAGUUGGAAUUCAAGGGUACGAAAAGGGGAAAAUCUAAAGUAAUUCUCUAGCAUAGAAAUCGUCCCUCAAUUAACUUCUUUAGUGACAAAAGUGAUAUAAUUGGUGAUAAUUUAGAUUGGGUGAUUUAAGGUCAUGUUUAAAGGGGAAAAUGUAGUUUAGGGGCGUGAAAAGGAGUAGGGUAGGCGUAUUACAUGUAGCAGAUAAUUACUUCUCAAAACUUAAUGAUGUUAGAAACUUAAUUAAAAUUACAUAGAUACUUCUUUUUAAAGUUAGGGAUUGUGCUGAGUUUUUGCAAUAGCAGGUAGAAACUAUCGCAAAGGACCUACCAUUAUUAUCCCGAUAACUUCGGGUCAUUUAUUCUAGUACUAUAGAGUAAAACAAAAUGAUGCGUUCGAAAAGAAAUUCGACGCAAAAUACGAUCGUGUGAACUGAAAAUACGUCAGCUAAACUUCACAUCUCCCCCCCCCCCUCCUUUUACAUCCCCAAAAGAAACACAACGCGGGUUGUAACGUUAGGAGCACUGGUCAGUGACAAACAGCAGGCGACCAAUCAGCUGUUGGCUGUAGGCCAGACUGACCAAUCCCAGGAGACUAUGGAAAUUCCAACACCGAGUAAAACUGCGUUAAUCCGUGUGUGUUUCAAUAAAGGUUGGGGGGGGGGGAAGGGGGGGCGGUAUUCAACUGUUCACAGUGUUUGUCUCUGAGUUGUUACAGUAAACAAACUGAAAUUAAAUCUAAGAGCCGAAUGUCUUACCAUUGCAGAAUGAGCUGGAAUUCUGGGGCAUUGAAGAGGUGGACAUCGCUCGAUGUUGCUGGACACAGUACAACACAUGGAAGACGCAGUGUCGGUCGCUCGAGAAAUUAGAGUAUGAUCGAAAGUUUUCAACAACGCAACAGGUGAACGAAGGUUAUGCAAUUACCUCAGGCGAUACCAAUAGCAUCGAUGUUUUAACUUAAUCCAUACAUUAUUCUCAAACCAUGCACCACUGACACAAACCUUAAGUAAUUAUUCUGGGCGGAGACUUUAGCCACUCUACAUCAACCACUCUGCAACAACCACUCUACAUCAGCCACACUGCAUCCUCCGCUCUACAUCAGCCGCACUACAUCAACCACUCUACAACAACAACACUACAUUAGCCAGACUAAAUCAACCACUCUACACCAACCACACCACAUCUACCACUCUACAUCAUCUGAACUUCAUUAACCACUCUACAUCAAUCACUCUAUAUCAACCACACUACAUCAACCACUCUACACCGACCACACUACAUCAACCACUCUACAUCAGCCACACAACAUCAACCACACUACAUCAACCACUCUACACCAACCACACUACAUCAACCACUCUACAUCAGCCACACUACAUCACCCACUCUACAUCAACCACUCUACACCGACCACACUACAUCAACCACUCUACAUCAGCCACACUAUAUCAACCACUCUACAUCAGCCACACAACAUCAACCACACUACAUCAACCACUCUACACCAACCACUCCGCACCGACCACACUACUUCUACCACUCUACAUUAACCACACUAUAUCAACCACUCUACAUCAACUACUCUACACCCGACAAACUACAUCAGACGCACUACAUCAACCACUCUACACUGACCACUCUACAUCUGACACACUACAUCCGACACACUACAUCAGACACACUACAUCAACCACUCUACACUGACCACACUACAUCAGACACACUACAUCAACAACUCUACACUGACCACACUACAUCAGACACACUACAUUGACCACUCUACACUAACCACACUACAUCAGACACGCUACAUCAGCCACACUACAUCAACCACUCUACACUGACCACACUACAUCAGACACACUACAUCAGACACACUACAUCAGACACACUACAUCAGACACACUACAUCAGAAACACUACAUCAGACACACUACAUCAGACACACUACAUCAGACACACUACAUCAGACACACUACAUCAGACACACUACAUCAGACACACUACAUCAGACACAGCUGCACUCAUCGGGUUAACAGCUGUCCUCGGCAUUUCAUUCUUAGUUGCUUCCAAUUUAUCAGCACACUAAAAUAACGUUGACAUAUGCCAAUACCGUACAUAGCUGCUUUGCUUGAAACCGUUAAGCCACAAGUCCAUAAGUUCAUGCAAGAUAACCUUCAAAAUAAUCUUUAAGUAAGAUAUUUUCUGUUAGGUAUUUUAGCACAUUAUUGACUGUAAUUAAAGUACAUCUUUUACUGUAAUGUAUUAUAGCACAUCAUUGACUGUAAUGUAUUAUAGCACAUCAUUGACUGUAAUGUAUUAUAGCACAUCAUUGACUGUAAUGUAUUACAACACACCAUUGACUGUAAUGUAUCAUAGCACACCAUUGGCUGUAAUGUAUCAUAGCACACCAUUGACAGUAAUGUAUUAUAGCACAUCAUUGAAUGUAAUGUAUCAUAGCACACCAUUGACUGUAAUGUAUCAUAGCACACCAUUGACUGUAAUGUAUUAUAGCACACCAUUAACUGUAAUGUAUUAUAGCACACCAUUGACUGUAAUGUAUCAUAGCACACCAUUGACUGUAAUGUAUCAUAGCACACCAUUGACUGUAAUGUAUUAAUAGCACACCAUUGACUGUAAUGUAUCAUAGCACACCAUUGAAUGUAAUGUAUUAUAGCACACCAUUGACUGUAAUGUAUUAUAGCACAUUAUUGACAGUAAUGUAUUAAAGCACACCAUUGACUGUAAUGUAUUAUAGCACACCAUUGACGGUAAUGUAUCAUAGCACACCAUUGACUGUAAUGUAUUAUAGCACACCAUUGACUUUAAUAUAUUAUAGCACAUUAUUGACAGUAAUGUAUUAAAGCACACCAUUGACUGUAAUGUAUCAUAGCACACCAUUGACUGUAAUGUAUCAUAGCACACCAUUGACAGUAAUGUAUUAUAGCACAUCAUUGAAUGUAAUGUAUCAUAGCACUCCAUUGACUGUAAUGUAUCAUAGCACACCAUUGACUGCAAUGUAUCAUAGCACACCAUUGACUGUAAUGUAUUAUAGCACACCAUUGACAGUAAUGUAUUAUAGCACAUCAUUGAAUGUAAUGUAUCAUAGCACACCAUUGACUGUAAUGUAUCAUAGCACACCAUUGACUGUAAUGUAUUAUAGCACACCAUUAACUGUAAUGUAUUAUAGCACACCAUUGACUGUAAUGUAUUAUAGCACACCAUUGACAGUAAUGUAUUAUAGCACACCAUUGACUGUAAGUAUCAUAGCACACCAUUGACUGUAAGUAUCAUAGCACACCAUUGACUGUAAUGUAUUAUAGCACACCAUUGACAGUAAUGUAUUAAAGCACACCAUUGACUGUAAUGUAUCAUAGCACUUCAUAGACUGUUAUGAUUUGCAUCCUAUUCACUGAUAUGUUCACCUAUCUCAGGCACCGGACCUUGAUGCAGAGAGUUCCUGUUGGAUCAGGUACCGGUCGAAAAUCUGGACAUUCCUACAAGACCCGGGGUCGUCGAGAAAAGCAAAGGUUUAUUCAUUUUUAAUACAACUAUUUAUUUUUCUCUUCUCAGGGCGUCUGACCCAUUCUCACACUAUAUGGCCUGGUACAUGGGGAUCAUCAGACUUUUUUUUAAAUGGAAACUUUGGUAUCAUUAAUCGCUGAAUAUCAUUUAAAAAACAACAACAAAAAAACACCAAGUAUCCUUUUACCAAGAAGGCUCCGUUUUAAAGAAAAAAUGUUCAGAACUCAAGUAACCAACUCACACAACAAGUUAGGAACCGCUGCUCACGGUAAUUGUAAAAAAAAUCAUUAAUGUCAGUUUCAUGGAAGAGAAUGCUAAUAGUGUUAUUACUAAAGUAGAAAAGUUUAAAAAAUGAAUUGCCGCCGCUAUUGCACGUCUCUUUAAACAAGUCUGGACCUAUAGGAUUUAGAAAUAGGGCUGUCAAGCGAUUUUUUUUUUCCAAACGAUUCUUUAACAUUAAACAAUACGUGAAAAACGAUGUGAUCAACAGGGUCAAUGGUCGUUGGCAGUGUCCGUGAGCAACAAGCGCUUCGCUCUGCUCCCCAACGCUUGGCACUUGGCAUCGCAGACAUUGGAAUACGAACACACGCCGCUGCACGGUGUCGAUGCAUCACAAUGAACUUUAGCAUUGAGCGUGUUCGUUGGUUUUUGUUUGUUUGUUUUUUCUCUUUCCCCUCCCAACAUGGGCGCGUUCUGACAUCAGCAUUGUCCCCAUCCACCGCUUUUAAACUGCACAUCCCGGUUAUCAUAUCUCCCAGUGUCCAAAAAAAUUAAAAUAAAUUAUCAUUAUCUACCACUCUCAAAAAAAUAUUCAUCACCAUUAUCAAAACCUCUUCUUUCUAAAAACUACGCAUCACCAUCAUCACAUCUCACAUUAAGAAACUAUAUGUCAUGAUUUUAAUCAUUUUUAUGAUGAAAAUUGUUGCGGCUGUGACAAACUAACUGCUCAUAAUUUAACGAAAAAUUCAUCAUUAAGGACAGGUUACCUCGGUUUUCUUUUAAAAAUUAGUACCUACUAUGUUUACUUCAUCAUUUCUUUCUUCGAUAAAAACUAAAGGUUUAUCGACUUUCACAGUGGGAGUUAGUAAGUCAACUGUUUGGGGGCUAUUUGCAAAUGUGGAGCUACUUUGUAAAAAAAAAAAAAAUGCUUCUCUCAGUGCUGCCGCCAAAGUCAUUAUCAGACACGAUGGAAGCUAUUGCCAGAAUUGUUGGCUGAAUUCAGUGAAACCAGUUUACAGUAGCUGUGAGAUGAUGUUUAUCUUAUUAAAAAGCGGUUGAAUAAACUCAACUUUCAUAUCUAAAUUAGCUCUGAUCAUUAGCGAAAUUGGCAAAUAUUUAAGGGCGGCGAACCUCAGAGAGAGAGAGAGAGAUGGGGCCAGAGGGUGGGGGAGGGGGAUGGUGUUUAAAAAAAUGAUCAAGUCAUUGGGGUCACUAAGGUUGGAGUUGCCCAGUGCGGUAAGCCAAUGGUGCCACACUUCUCGUUUAUAAACAUACUGCUCUCUCCCCCCCCCCCCACGGAACCACACCGAAUCUGCCUGCUCUGGUGACAACAUGCUCUGUGGCAACCUUUUCUGUUGGCUACCAGAUUUGACGCAAACUUCUCUGGGGACAGUUUAUACGGUGAUGGCACACUGUGCUGAAGGCAACCUUCUGUAGUGACAACCUUCUAUGGCGAUAGCUUACCUCUGUCUGUUGACGCCCUGUUCUUGUGGCAACCCGCAAUGGUGGCAACCCGCAAUGGUGGCAACCCGCAAUGGUGACAACCCGCAAUGGUGGCAACCCGCAAUGGUGGCAACCCACAAUGGUGGCAACCCGCAAUGGUGGCAACCCGCAAUGGUGGCAACCCGCAAUGGUGGCAACCCGCAAUGGUGGCAACCUGCAAGAGUGGCAACCUGAUCUGUUGAUACCUUAACUGGUGUCACCCUGCUCAUGUUAUUAACCGAGCUCUGCUUUGAAGAGGACUGGAGCGACAUUAUUAUUAUUAUUUAUUUUUUUAUGGAUCGAAUUUGCAACUGUCCACUUGGAGUCACCCUCCUUGGUGAGUGUGUCUUCCGGUGAGUUUGUCCUCCGGUUCUGUCCGCACCCCAUCGGUGCCGUCUUAAGGCAUGGGCCCAGUGGGCACUGGCCCAGGGCCCCGCACUUGUAAGGGGGGGGGGCACAUUUCUAUGAGACUCACUCUUAUAGAGGCAUCAUGCUUUACAUAUUUUUUAAUGAAUAUUGCAAGAUUUUGAUAAUUUAAUUGGGUUUAAAAUUCCCAAUUUUAACACACGUUAUGUAUCAGUACAUUCCAAAAUUAAUGUUGAUAAAUACGAAUCAAAGUUGGACAAUUUAAAAACUUUUAAAGGGGAAUAUCUCUUGUAAACAAGUUUUACUUCCCCCAAUAAGAAUCGAAAAAAAAAGUAAGAAUCAGCUUCGCAGUACAAUGGGACAAAAACGUUUGAACUGGGUCUCCUAUAUUGUUAAGACGGCCCUGCACCCCAUAGUGACUCUACUACUUAAAAUAUCUUGUGAAAAUUUGAAUAUUGUUUUGUGCGUUUUAGGAUCUUUCUUUUAAUUGAACUGUAAUAUUGGCUGUUAACCCUUUCUCAAUCCUUUAUAAUUACUUCGCUUUUAUUUGUGGCUGGAUGGGUGGCAAAAAAAAAAUAUUUUCGGACGGCUUACUGACCCACUUCCCGUCAACCUAUCGAGCAGAAACUGGCACAUAAACUCGUUGCCGAUGACAACGUGUAAUAUCAAUAUUAUAUACACCAUUAUUAUCAUAUCUCCCAUAGUAACUCUAUACAUUAUAAAUCGCCAGUAUCACAUCACCCAUUACAGCACUAUGCAUCAUCAGUAUCACAUCUCCCAUUGUAACACUUACACAUCAUCAUUAUCAAACCUCCCAUUGCACAACAGGAUGGAAGCUCACAACAGCACCAUUCAACCUUCCCUCAGUGUACAAUGCCGGAGUUCCAGCGUAUGGCUACAUUCUCCUGGUUAUUCUUUUAUCUUUUUUUCCCCGACCAAUCUCUUUUUUUUUUGUUACUUUAGAUAGGCUCCAACGCUAUUUGCAUUUCAGAUGGUCGUUGAUGGUGUUGCCAAGUGAAGACAACAGACCUGGGAAGACAUGGAGAGAAUAUUGGGGUGGGGGGUGGGGGCAGCAUUGAGGGUAAAUCAUAAAUAAAUGUGUUUCAAUGCAAAUGUGGAUUACUUCAAAUUUGGAUUGCUACAAUUUUAGAUUAUUGCUAAAUAUGGAUGUCUAAAGAUAAGCAUAGCUGAAAAAAUAUGGAUGACUUGAGUUAAAGGAGGAAAAAGCUCAUUGAUAAAAUUUAUAAAAAAAAAAGGAGAAGUCAUUUUACGGGCGGUAUCCACAAAUGGAAAUAAUUUGGAAUUCAGUUGUUGCCACCCUUAAUUGGAGUCGAUUUACGAUCAAAUCCUCCCACCUCCUCACACACACACACGAACACACACGCACGCACACGCGCACACAAUCACGUCUCCCUUUUGAGACUGGUUUCAUUUCACAAACUAAGCAACUUAAAAGAAUAUUCGAAUCAAAUUAUCUUAAAAAAUAAAUUAUAAAAAAAAGUUCACCCUUUUCAAAGGAAACUUUCCUAUUUGGUAUUUAUUGCUGGAUCAUAUUUGAUUUGAUAAUCAUGAUUAUGAAGAUUUGGUGUAGGGCAGCGUAUACCAAACUUUUUUUAAUUUGGUGGACUGGCAGACAAGUUUCGACAUUGCACCAGGGACCGGCUAUAGAUUCAUUAAAUUUAUUGUCCUUUUUAUCUGACCAAACAUAUUUAUGUUGUGCGGACCGGCAAGGUAAGGCUCACGGACCGGCGUCGGUCCGCCAACCAUCAUUUUGGUGGGGGUGGGGGGGGGUGGUAUGCUGUUUAAGAGCAGUUAGCCAACCAAGUAGUCGUCCUAUGCUGCUGAAUCAACUAACCAUAAUCUAAUGAAUCUGUGAGCAGCUGUUCAAGAAGGGCAACCAGACAGUGGUUAAGUGGGGUUCAGGGGAAGGGGGGGGGGGUUGCGGGCUUAGGUUCAAAUAAGGGGGGGGGGCAACUAAAAACAAGGGACGGGGUUCAACCAGUUUCCUAUUCGUCUACAUUGUUUCUAUCACUGGAGUCAAUUUUCACUGAAGUAUAAACAUAAUAUACCAAUCUACCAGUUUCCUAUUCGUCUACAUUGUUUCUAUCACUGGAGUCAAUUUUCACUGAAGUAAAAACAAAAUAUACCAAUCUAUAAGAACAUGAAAAAGAUUACAACAACAACAAAAAAAAAAAAAAACCAUCUUCGAUAAUUUUUCUGUUCAUUUUUAAAAUGCUAUACAUUUUUGGUAUCACUUACGUUCGCCUAACCCCAAAACCACGUGUUCUCUGACGUAGUGCUGUUUAGUAUUAACUGAAUCAACACGUGUUAUAAAUCCAUAUUUGUUUUGCUCUAUAUAAUCUUUUUGUUUCUGUAUUUUCCCACAGGUCUACGCCUGGGUCUCUAUCAUCUUCGUCUUCGUUUCCAUCUUCUCUUUUUGCGCCGAGACCCAUCCGGUCUUCAAGGUCAAGGCCAAGGACAUGACCCACUUCGCGUCGUUCUACGAAUUUCUGAACCUUGAGAACAUCCAGUGGCCGAAGGUGAUAGAAGAGCUCAAUGACCACGGUUCGCCCGCCCCGCCCAACGCCACACACCCACUGGCCAACGGCACCGACGCUGGCGCCAACUCGACAUCCUACAACGCAGUGACUAGCGACGGUAGUGGGGAUGUGACCAGUGGAGACAGAGGCUUCGAUGACGGCGUCGACAGUGACAGGAUUGACAGGAUGGGCAGCGACGGCAGCAACGCCCUGCACGGGCGGGUCGGGAUACAGAAAAGGUGCGUCCGGCGGUGCUGCAACGACAACCUUCAUCAUUACGAGAUCGCCGAGGACAAACCCGAGGGCAAGGACGACUGGGGCAAUAAAGAUUUGCCCCACCCGGCCCUGCUCAUGAUGGACAUCAGCUGCUUGAUUUUCUUCAGCCUGGAGUACCUGACGAGGUUCGUCUGCUCGCCCAGCAAGCUCAACUUCCUGCGUGCGCUGCAGAACAUCGUCGACUUCCUGGCCUUCGCCCCCGACUACGUGGAGCUCGUCUUCCUCAUCAUCGAUCCCAUCCAGAACGAGGGCAUGGCGAUCAUGGAAAUGCUGUUCAUUCUGAGGAUACUGCGUCUGUUUCGGAUUUUCAGACUCAUCCGCCACGUGCCCGGAUUGUGGAUUUUACUCUACACCCUCAAAGCGAGCUUCAACGAAUUGAUGCUCAUGUGCGUGUUCCUGCUCAUCGGCAUGGUCGUCUUCGCCACUCUCAUCCACUUUGUCGAGCCCACCGGCAUAUUCACCAACAUCCCCGUGGGGUUCUGGUGGAGCGUGGUCACCAUGACGACCGUGGGCUACGGCGACAUGUACCCGCAGUCCGCCGCCGGGUAUUUCAUAGGCUCGUGCUGCGCCGUCGCUGGGCUGCUGAUGAUCGCCUUCACGGUGCCCAUCAUCGUCAGUAACUUCGUCCUCUACUACACG